AUGGUUCCAGUCUUUGCCAUAUGGAUAAGAAAUUUCUCACCAAAUUCUUUCCUCCUUCUGAGGCAGCUCAAGUGCGGAGUGAAAUUGGUCAGUUCAGACAAGCUGACUUCGAACCAUUCUAUGAAGCUUGGGAGAGAUUCAAAGAUCUACUUAGAAGAUGCCCCCAGCAUGGUUACAGGAUUGGACACAAAUCGAACUCUUUUACAACAGGAAGGAAAAUUUCUUAGUGACAAAGAGGUUAACCCAAGGGAACACUGCAAUGCUAUCAUCCUAAGGAUUAGUAAAGACGUUCAAGAAAGCAAGCUUAAAGAGGUUGUGGUACCUACACCAGAUCCCAUACUUGUGGAGAAAAAGCUGGUUGAAGAGCAGAAGACUGAGAUAGAGUUCAUAAGGUUCUUGGAGGUCUUCAAGAAACUCUACAUCAACAUUCCUUUUGUGGACGCCUUGACCCAAAUGCCUAGCUAUGCCAAGUUCUUAAAGGAAGUGAUGUCAAAGAAGAGAAAGUCGGAGGAGUUUGAGACAGUUAAGCUGAUAGAAGAGUGUAGUGCCAUUCUCCUAAAGAAGCUCCCUAAAAAAUUGAAAGAGCCAGACAACUUCUACAUUCCUUACACUAUUAGUGGUAUCACAUUUGAUAAAGCAUGA